CGUAAACAUUCCAUUCUCUAAGGUUUUUGUAAAUAUUAGAAUGACAGUUGAAAAUGGUUGUGGUGAGGUGAAUUCACAUAUAUGUGACAUUUACAUGACAGUUCAGUUGUAUACAACGUUUGGUUAGCGAAUUUCGCAUCAUUUCGUUACAAGAAUUUUUCGAAUAUCUUUCUUUGAAAAGUAAUAACAGAAAAUGAGUAGAUUUAGCAACAGUAUGGAGAAUGAUUCAUUCGAUGAUAUUUUGGCAACAAUUGAAGAUCCAACAAAUACUGCGUCAUUCAAACCAAAGGUAUCGAGUGAGGCGAAAACACUGAAAUUUUCCAUCGACAAUGAUGACGGGGUAUCGGACAGUCUCUUGGCCAAUUUUAAAAUGCCCGACGAAGCAUCCACAUCUUCUUCGGGUCAGCAACAAACAGAGAAGGUUGUGAAUAUUCCAAUCAGUGCUGGCAAAACCAACUGCGUGUUAGUGAAUCCAAAACAGAGAGGCAACCCAAUUCUCAAGUCCGUCACAAAUGUUCCGUGGGAAUUCGAUGACUCAAUCAUCCCAGAUUAUGUAGUAGGCACAACCAGUUGCAUUCUCUUCUUGUCACUUCGGUAUCAUUCACUCAAUCCCGACUACAUUCACAAUCGGUUGAAAGAACUGGGAAAACGGUAUGAACUUCGUGUACUGCUCGUACAGGUUGAUACAAAGGAUCCGAAUAACGCGUUGAAAAACUUGACUCAAAUGUGUUUGUUGGCCGAUUUAACACUGAUGCUUGCAUGGAACCCAGAGGAGGCUGGCAAAAUUGUCGAAACGUACAAAAUAUUUGAAAAUAAGCCACCCGACCUAAUCAUGGCACGGGCACAACAAUUUCCACAUCAAAAGUUGGUCACAGCUUUAACCAAUAUCAAGCCGGUAAACAAAACGGAUGCGAUGACAUUGCUUCAAAAUUAUGGAUCUCUGAAAAAUGUCAUCUUAUCAAACGAAGAAAACUUGGCCAUGUGCUCUGGUCUAGGCCCACGCAAAGCAAAGCGCCUGAUCAAUGUGUUCAAUGAUCCGUUUUUGCGGAAAUAACUUAAAUGAAUAUGAACAGCCACAGAAGUUAUGUGAUUAUUAUUAUCGUUAUAAGUACAUUUUGGAGAUAAAACUUGGUUUUUAAUAGCUAAUUCAUGCUUCAAAAAUGUCUCAAUUUAUUACAUAAGAUCCGUCGAAAAUGUUCCGAGUAGUAAAAAAUGUGAUUGGUCUGAAAAUAAACUCAUCAUUUUAGCAUUAGCAUUA